AUGAAGCAGAUCAUCGGCAUCACGGAUGUUUGGAGAAAUGUAUGUCUAGGAGCGGCAGCCUGGGCCUGCUUCGGGCGGUUCAUCAAUGUCUUCUGGUCCGACAUCGGCGUGACACGCGCCGAGAUUGGCGCACUGAGCUUGGCGAUCAUGGUCGCGUCCUUCGUUGGCCAGCUGUUUUGGUCCAUGGUGACAGAUCGCUUGGGCGAGUACAAGCGUGUGCUGGUGGGUACCACGCUUACAGGAACUGUCCUCAUCUUCCUCUACCUCGUGCCAGGGGUGCAGGCCAGCUUUUGGUGGCUUUCCCUGGUCUGCGUCAGCUCUUCCUUCUUCCUCUCCACUGGCGGCCCCAUCAUCGAUGCGAUGUGCCUCUCAGUGCUGCAGGAGCAGGACAGCGAGGAGCAGUAUGGCGACCAGCGGCUUUGGUGCGCUGUAGGCUGGGGUGGCAUGAGCCUGGUGGCCGGGCAGCUGAUCGACAUCUUCGGCAUCGGGUUCAUGUUCUGGGGCUUCGCCUCCAUCGAGGCCGCCUACAUGGCUGUGUGUCUCUGUUACAUGCCCAUGCAGAAGCACAAGAAGCAGAACACCGGCCAGGAGGAGGUGACUCUCAAGCAGUUCAUGAACUUCGACGUAUUGUGGUUCUUUGCGAACCUCAUUGUCUACGGCCUCGCCAUGUCGGUAGUGGAGUCCUUCUUGCUGGUGUUCCUGAAUGAGGACUUCGAAAACCCACCGAAGCUGCUGCUGGGCGCGAGCACCACCGUGAUGUGCUUUUUUGAGGUGCCCGUCUUCAAGUACAUCGACGCGGUCUGGGCUCGAAAGAAGGAGAGGCUAACGUCCGUGCUGAUGGCGUGUAAGCUUGUGCUGGCUUUCCGCUGCUUCUGCUACACCUUGCUGCCUCCUUCCCAGCCAUGGCUUGUUCUUUUGAUUGAGCCGCUGCACGGCUUCACUUUUGCGGCCAUGUGGUCGGCGACCGUGGAGUACGGCCAGCGCAUCGCUCCUCCUGGCUGCGUUGCCCGGAUGCAAGCCCUUGUCAACGGCAUCUACUACCAGAUUGCCAUGGGCAUCGGCACCGCCAUGUGGGGCCCUCUGGCCAUGCAACCCCCUCAGGGCCUGGGAUUUCAAACCUGCUUUCGCCUGGACGCUGCUGGGAUUAUUCUUUGGGGCCUCAUCUGGCAGGCUGGUAUCUUCCUUCGAGGCCGAAGGCAAGCCAGGAGUGCCGGGAUCACCGUAGAGCAGCCACUGGCAGAGGUUUCUUGA